CUGGUUUGCUGUCCGACAACGCUAGUGCUUUAGUCAUUGAGACGUCCGGUGGCUCAUUGCGGCGUGUGGGCUUUUGGUGCUGGCUGCGCUCUGAACGCCAUGGAGCCGCUUUACGAGCACGGGAUCCAAGUGGCUGAGUUCCUGCAGCAAACUCUCGGUGGCUUUGAAAAGAGUAUGCUCUUUAUGAGUUGGCUCGGGGACCCCAGAACCUCUUUUUUUAUUUAUUUCCCUGUAACGUACUAUCUCAACAGAAAGAUUGGGAUUUCAGUGUUGUGGAUCACUGUACUUACUGAAUGGUUGAACUUAGUAUUUAAAUGGUUGCUGUUUGGUGAGCGUCCAUUUUGGUGGAUUCAUGAAUCGGGGGUCUAUAGUAAGCACCAGAUGCCAAAGUUACAGCAAUUUUUCUGCUCCUGUGAAACUGGUCCAGGCAGUCCGUCGGGCCACGCGAUGAUCACAGCUGCAGCUUGGUGGCUUAUGAUGACCAGUUUUUCUACAUUCAUUUACAAUCGCACUAGGAGCUUACUGGCAAAGAACAUUCCCGUGGUACUGUAUAUCGUUCUGCUGCUGACAAUUGGCAUCUCCAGAAUAUUUAUUUUGGCUCACUUUCCACAUCAAGUCCUUGCUGGAAUAAUUACAGGUGCUGUACUUGGUUUUCUGCUAGGCCAACGUAUACCCGAGAAUUUGAAAUUAAUUCAAUACGUUGUGACCUCAGUCGUAUUGCUGCUCAGUGCUGCGUGCCUGUACUGGGGACUGCAUUACCUUGGAGUCAAUGUUGCCUGGACACUUUUGCUUGCUACCAAGUGGUGUGCCAAUCCUGAAUGGAUCCGACUGGACACUAGGCCAUUUUCCUCACUAAGCAGGGAUGCAGGGGCAAUCCUCGGACUUGGCAUUGGACUCUCCUCACCGUUGUAUGCCAGUACAUUGGGAUGGAAGAUGACAUGGAAGAUGAAAGUAGUCUGCAUUGUUCUCUGUGAGUUCAUCAUUGAGAUAAUGGAUCAAGUCCCAAUACCAACGUACUCCACUAUCCUGUUUUAUGUUCUGUUUUACCUGAAGAAUGCAUUUGUUCCCAUUCUGGUGACUGCCAUUAUGCCCUGGCUGGUUCAUUCCAUUUUUCAAAUUCAGCCAACUAAGAAACAACAGUAACACCAAAGCAAAAAAUUAAGUGCUUUUUGCCUUCCCCGAUGCACUAUUAAUACUAAUAUACGCCACCCAAGACCACCUCAAUAUUGUGUGCUCAUCUGAAUCAAAGCUGUGAGACUUUUGAGAGUUUGCUAUACUGUUUAGUGAUAUGCACUGCAGAUGUGUCUGACUUCUAGCCCUCGUUCCCACAGCUCUAAGUUUCCAUAACCAGACAGGCAACUACCUGACUACUACCCUUCAUAUAUGAUGUCAACUUAGUUAACUAAGGCAUACAGUACUGUACAAGUCUUAGGUGUGUCUGGUGCAGGUGCUGAUACACCCAGCCCUGAGACACCAGGCAAGGUGUCAUUUGAUUCUAGACAUUUGAUUUAUUGAUCAUUACAGAAUGUCUCUCUGGUGUUUCCCAUUCCCUCCCCUCUCUCUUCCCCUUUUUCCAACCAUGAUUCCCCUCUCGCUGCCCCCUUUCCACGCUCAGACCACAAUGGAGACCCAUAAUCAGAAUCAGGUUUAUCAUCACUCGCAUAUGUCAUGAAAUUUUUUUUUUGUAUGGCAGCAGUACUGUGCAAUACAUAAUAUUACUACAGUACUGUGCAAAAGCCUUGGGUACCCUAGUUAUAUACAUAUGCCCAAAACUUGUACAGUCUGUAGGUCAGUUUUGGUCCUUCCAUUGCUCAAGUGCAUUGUUGACCUUCUCCUCCUUCUGCUAAUUAUUUCCAACUUCCCUGUUCUGCUGACUUUUCUGCCCAUGUUUCUGGCUGUUCCUCCUAGUCCCUCUAUAACUUGACCUCACUUUAUCAAGUCAGAAAACAGGCAUUUCAGCCCAACUCACAAUGUCUCUCUGAGAAUAAUCUUAUUUGCCUUACAUACAAUAGCCACUUCAUUAGGUACAGGAGUGAACCCGGUGUGGUCAUCUGCUGCUGUAGCCUAUCCACCUGACGUGUUGUGCAUUCAGAGAUGCUCUUCACGCCACUGUUGUAAUGUGUGGUUAUUUGAGUGACUGUCACCUUCCUGUCAGCUUGAACCAGUCUGGCCAUUCUCCUCUGACCUCUCUCAUUGCCUCUACAACCUCCUCUGGUAGCUCAUUCCAACAAUCCACCACCCUCUGUGUUUAAAAAAAUUUCCCCUUUAGUUUUCCUUUUAAUUAUUUCCCCUGUCACCUUAAAUGUAUAGCCUCUAGAUUAGACUCUCCUAGACUGGGGGAAAAAAAAGACUAUGCUCCUCAUGAUUUUAUAUACCUUUAUAAAGUCACCCCCUCAGCCUCAUACACUCCAAGAGAGAAGAAGGAGAAAACAGCUUAUCCAGCCCUCCAGUCCUGGCUGGUAACAUCCUCAGGAAUUUUUUCUGCAUCCUUUGUUAUGACUACCAUAUAAAAUUUUCCAUUAUCUCCUUAAUCUAGAGGCAAUCAUAAGCUUACUUUUAAAAUUAAAAUGUUAAGAUGAUACCAUUGUCACUUCAUCUGAAUUUUCCAGGUUCUGUUCAUAUCUUCAAUUUUGUUAAGCGUAAGUUGGAUAUUGGGCCGGAACAGAUAGGUGCAGCAAUAGGCUACUUCGCUGCUCGGGUAUACUCCACCAUUCAGUAAGAUCAUACUGAUCUGAUUGGAUUUCAGAGCUAGCCAGUGGUAACCUUUCACUCCAUUGCUUAACAAGUAUUUAAUGAAUGCUGCCCUAAAAUUAUUUAAAGGCUCUGCUUCCAGUAUGAUUCAAACAUGGGAUUUUCAAAGAUCUACAAACAUCAGAGGAGAAAAAACACUCAUUAUGUCUUAAGAUGGAUAAGCCUUUUUAAGACAAUUCUUAAAAGAGUGAUCCUAGUUCUAGGUUCUCCCUUGAGGAUGCAUCCUCUUUAUAUCCACCCUGUCAACUACACUCAAUUGUUUUUAUCAAGUUCCCUCUCAUUCUUCUUCAUAACAGUUAAUGCAAAUCUAGCUUAUUCAACGUUUCCUCAUAAGAGAACCUGCUCCUUUUACAAUGGAUAAUCAACUUUUAUAUAAUUGGUUUCAAAAAGGGAUUAGAUAUAUAGGAGAUUGUUUUAAGGAGGUAUAUUAAUGUCAUUUGAUCAAUUAAAAAAUAAAUAUAAAGUAUCAUACAACACUUUUUUGUUACUUCCAAUUAAGGGCUUAUUUAAGAGAAAAAUUAGGUCAAACAAUGUUAUUGCCAAAAUCUAAUGAAAUAGAAACUUUAAUUCAAAAAGGAAAAACUAAAAAAUUUAUUUCUUGUAUGUAUAGCUUGAUUCAAAAAUAGGCAAUUAAACAAGGAAUCCAUAAGUCAAGACAAAAAUGGGAAAGUGACUUGAAUAUUAAAAUUGAAGAAACAAAUUGGUCAAGACUAUGUCUUGAUAGUAUGACAAAUACAAUAAAUGUCCAGUUAAGAUUAGUGCAAUAUAAUUUUUUUACAUCAAUUAUAUAUUACACCACAAAAAAUAAAUAAAUUAAACCCAAAUUUAUCUGAUCAGUGUUUCCGAUGUAACAAAGAAAUCGGUACUUUUUUACAUUCUACUUGGUCUUGUUCUAAAAUUCAACCUUUUUGGACAAAUUUAAGAGUUUUAUUGGAACAAAUUAUUGGAACACAACUUCCACAUAAUCCAAUAUUAUUUUUAUUAGGCGAUAUUGAAGGGAUAAAACCGAUACCCAAAUUGAAUAAAUAUCAGAGAAAAUUCAUAAAAAUUGCACUGGCAGUAGCCAAAAAGGCUAUUGCAGUUACUUGGAAAUCAGAUUCAUACUUAAGUAUAGAUCGUUGGAAGAAUGAAAUUUCCAGCUGUAUUCCACUUGAAAAAAUUACUUAUAAUUUAAGAGAUAAAUAUGAAACAUUUUUGAAAAUUUGGCGCCCUUAUUUACAAAGGAUUAAAUAUAUAGGUGCUCCGAAGAUAAAAUAAUUGGUUAUUUGGGGAAAGAAAUAAAUAUAUAUACUAAAGUUAUUACGAUCUCCGUGGAGCAUGUGGGGAUCUUCCGAUAUCCAGGCACUCUUUCUUUCUUUCUUCCUUUUUUUCUAUAGGGAUGUUAGGGGGGAGGGGGGAAGGGUAUAUUUUUUUUCUUUCUAUAAUCAUUUGAAAACUCAAUAAAAAAAGUUUUUUAAAAAAAGAGAACCUGCUCAUUCCAGAUGUUAUUCUGUAAGACAUAGGAGCAGAAUUAGACCAUUUGGCUCAUCGAGACUGCUCUGCCAUUCCCUCUCAACCCCAUUCUUCUGCCUUUUCUCCAUAACUUUUGACACCCUGACUAAUCAAGAACAUAUUAAUCUCUGCUUUAAAUAUACUUAAACACUUGGCCUUUACAGCCAUCCGUGGCAAUAAAUGCCACAGGUUCCCAAGCAUCACACACAAAAUAAUGGAGAAACUCAGAAGGCCAGUCGGCAUCUAUGGAAAAGAGUACAGUUGACGUUUCGGACUGAAAACCCACUUUAUCUAGGCCUUUCAAUAUUUGAUGAGUCUCAAUGAGAUCACCUCUCAUUCUUCUAAACUCUAGUCAGCACAGGCCCAGAGCCAUCAAAUGCUCCUCAUACAUUAACCCUUUCAUUAAACCUUUGUUAGCCCCUUUGACUAAACCUCUGAAUUGCUGCCAAAGCAUUAACAUCCAUACUUAAAUAAGGAAACCCAAAAAAACAAUUUUGUUCAAUGUAUUAUAGAUGUGAUCACACCAGUCCUCCCAACAUUUGUGUUCAGUUCCCUUACCUAUAAACAAUAAUAUAAUUUACAAAUAAUUUGCUGUAUCUGCCUAUCUGUUGUUUUGUUGAUCAUGCCCUAAGAUGCUUGGGUUCUUCUGCGUUUAAAGUCUCCCAUUGUUAAAAUAAAUGUCUUUUUUUGUAUUUUCCUGGUCAAAAUGGGCAACUUCAUAUUUUCUCUCGUAAUCCAAUUACCAGCUUUUUGUGCACUGAACCUGUUGAAAUCUCUUUUGUCCUCUUCACGACUUGUAUUCCUACAUACCAUUAUAUAAUUGGCAAACUUAACAGUCACAUCUUAAACUCUGGAAGGAAUGGUAGUAGCACACCACUUGAUAUCUCUUGGAAGCAUAGUACAUUCACCGGUAUCCAUGGAACAUGUUGCUCUCUAAAGAACUCAAAUAAAUUGGUCAAACACAAUUUCCCAUUCACAAAACCAUGUAGAUUUUACCUGAUGACCUUGAAUUUUUCUAAGUUUCCCUGUGAUAGAUAUUAAAUAGACUGGCCAGUAAAGUCCUGCUUUCCAUCUUCCUUUCUGAAUUAAAAUUGCUUGUGCUAGUUUCCAAAGUAUCAUUCAGUCACGUGAAUUGAAAAUGCUUGUAAGGUUAAAUAUUGGUGAUCAUUGUAUUUUUAGAUGCUAUUACUGUAUCAAAGUCCUCUCUUAUGUUUGUAGGACUUCUUUUCCAAUGACUGAUAUACCUAUUCUAUUUACUUUAGGUGUUAUUAAUAGACAAUAAUGGAGUUUAUUCGGUGCUUAUUGUAAUUUUCUCUUAAUUCUGCUUGCAAAACUAAUAGUUGCAGGAAAUUAAAAACAACUUAAAAAGAAAAUGAUUACAUUAAUUUUGAUGUGAUAAAUCCACUAAUAAGAAAUUAGAUAGCAUAUUUCCUUUUUUAAAAAUAGCUAACCACAUAAAAUAUGAUUUUAUUGCCAGCAGACCAUACGAGCAAUUAUUUCUGGGUGAAAUAACACCAAAUAUGAAAUAGGAAUUUUUUUAAGCCAGAGGGUGAUGAAUCUGUGGAGUUCAUUGUCAUCGACAGCUGUGGAGGCCAAGUCAUUGGAUAUUUUGAAAGCAGAGCUUCUUGAUUAUAAAGGGUGUCAAAGGUUACAGGGAAAAGGCAGGAAAAUUAUGUUGAAAUGUAUAAUAAAUCAGGUAUGACUGAAUGGCAGAGCAGUCACAAUGAGCUGAAUGGCCUAAUUUUGCUCCUAUGCCUAAUGGACUGGGUACUUCCAAAUGUCAUCCACAAUAAGGCACUUAACCUUUUUCCCCAGAGACAGGUGUGACUCACUGUUUGUGUAGUGUACGUCCAAACACAUUGGAACUUAAAGCUCCACACUAUGACUGUCAUGAAGUAGUCUCAGUAGAACUGGGAGCAAAUCAGACUAUAGGAGAAUUCUAAAGUCUAUGCGAACAGCGAGUGCAGCAUUUACCUUGAAGAUACCCACUCAUUGCAGCAUGCCAUCAUUAGAGGUAUUGUUAUGGCAAUAAAUGGAUACUUUUCAGAGCAAGAGGCACAGAUGUGCCCAUUUGUGAAGAGUUUAUACAUGCAGAGUUUGAGAAGAGUCACAUCCUACCUGUAUCCCUCUGAUGAACAAUACAUUUGUAGGCUCCAAUAUUCCAGCACUGUCAUUGAGAUACAUGACUUUAGAAAGACAUUCUGUCACACUCUCCCAUCCAGACUGCUCCCUGUAAGGAGCUCAAGAUUACUUUGAAUCUUACCUACCUCACUACGGGAUCUUAUCAAGCAGUCACUGCAAAUCUUUGCCUUGUUUCCUAAUUUGCUACAUCAGUAUUCCUAAAGAAAUAAUUUUGUCAACUUUUAAUUUCAACUGGGAUUUUGGAGCACAGCACAGGCCCUUUGGGCACAAUGUUGUGCUGUCCUUUUAAACAACUCAGCUAUCAAUUUCGUCCUACCUUUCCAAUAGCUUUUUCUUCAAUUCAUGUGCCUAUCUAAGAAUUAAUUAAAUGUCCCUAAUGUACCUGCCUGUACCACCACCCCGGCAUCCCAUGCACUUGGAUAAAGAACUUAAAGGGAAGGCCUCAAUGGAACCAUGUACCCCAAAUGCUGCCAUUAACAUGGAGCACCAAAUAUCAGUCAUGGGAGCCCAGGUCACACAAAAUAUCACUCACACCCAGCUUUGCAGGUACACUGCAAUGAGCAGAACACAAAACCAUAAAAUGCUGGAAACACUCAACAGGUCCAGCAACAUCUGUGGAAAGAGAAACCCGUUUCAGGUUCAGGCUUUUUGUAGAACUGAUUUUCAUACAUAAUGAAUUGCUUCUCUGGUUACUUAAAUAGCCUGUGUUGUUGUGGAUAUUGAGUGGCACCUGGCUUAACAAUGCAGGACCUCUACAAUAAAAAACUGAGGAUUCCCGCUCUCUCAUUUAUUUUAUUUAGAAAUACAGCACCGUAACAGGGCCCAAUUACACCCAUGUGACCAAUCAACCUACUACCCUGUAGUCAGGGGUGUCAAACUCAUUUUAGGUCACGGGCCGGAUUGGGCAAAAUGCAGCUUCAUGGGGGCUGGAUCAGUCGGGCGCGUGCGAACGCAGCUUUCAUUGCCUCCGUUUUUUCAGCCUGUUCUCAUGUGUCUCAGUCUCUGCUAUAACUACAAAGUGUUUCACUUCACAAAUUCCGUUUCUUAUGAAGAAGACUGCUGAGCAAGCAUUAUUUUUAUGAUUGGUAUUAACUUACAAUCAUAGGCUUCAUAUCGCCGGGCCAUUAAUAAUUAAAAUAAUAGAUCUAUCUAGAAUGAUCUCGUGGGCCAGAUAUAAUUGUCCGCUGGGCCGGAUAUGGCCCGCGGGCCUUGAGAUUGACACCUAUGCAGUGUACAUCAUUGGAACGUGGGAGGAAAACCACACAGUCACAGGGAGAACAUACAAACUCCUUACAGGCAGCAGCAGGAAUUGAACCUGGGUCGCUUGUGCUAUAGUGGCAUUACGCUAACCAUUUGAUUACCAUGCCAUCCAUAUCGAAGCAAUGACAGCCUGACAUAUCUUGUGAGGAUAUGAAAUUUCUUUCCU